AUGAACAACUUGCUUGAACGUCAAAGAGGCUCCCAUGAAGAAAUCGAACGACUAGAACAGGCUAUCGUCGACCAGUAUAUGCACGAGCCAAGGACACAUCGUGAACGUCUUCGAAACGAGCAUGUUGUAAACAAGUUGCUGACACGAAUGGCGGAUAAGAGUGAAUCACUAUAUGCAUUAUAUGAAGACAAUGACGGUCUACGUCAAUCCGAAAUCGAAGCGUUGUCAGGAUCGUCAGAGUUCAGCGAGUUUUACGAACGUCUACGAGUCAUCAAGGAUCACCAUCGCAAGUAUCCCAAUGAGCCAGUGGAGCCCCCAGAGAUGGAAUUCAUACAUGCACAGCAAGCUGAUGACGAAAAUCAAGACGAUGAGUUGGAAAAGUUAUUCUCUGGCGAAGAGGCUUUUGGAAGGUAUCUCGACAUGAACGCAUUGCAUGGGCAAUAUAUCAACCUGAAGGGUGUCAAAAAGAUGGGCUAUCUUCAGUACCUGAGCAAAUUCGAUGAUUUCGAGCAAUCCUAUCCAAAGACGUUACGAUCCAGUCCCGAAUACAGGCAAUAUUUACAAGACACUUGCGACUACCUUUGUUCUUUCUUUCGGCGUGCGAAUCCCUUGUUUGAUCUUGAUGAACUUGAAAGAAAGGCACAGCAGGAAUUGGAAGAGAAGUGGAGUGCAGGAAAGCUACCUGGAUGGGAAGAAAUCGCCAACGAAUCCAAUACCCCAGAAUUGUAUUGUAAUGCUUGCCAAAAGCAAUUCAGCAAACAGACAGUGUACGACAAUCAUUUGAAAGGAAGGAAGCAUAUCAGCAAUGAAAAGAAGUUGGCAGCAAACGGCACACAACAAAACGGCGACAAGCAAGACAAGCGGAAGGAAACAGCAUGGAAAGAGUUACUGAUCAGGAAAUAUGCCGAGGCUUUACAAGAGGCAUUGAAUGAGACCAAAGCCAAUGUGGAAAGAAAACAAGCUCUGACUGAUAGGGAGCGAACGUUGGAGCAAGAUCAAGAAGAAAUUGAACUCGAUGAGCAGGAGAGCGACGAAGAAGAUGAUGACAAGAUUUACAAUCCUUUGAAGCUUCCCCUGGGAUGGGAUGGAAAACCGAUUCCCUAUUGGCUGUACAAACUACAUGGCUUGGGAGUGGAGUAUCCUUGCGAGAUCUGUGGAAAUUAUGUAUACAUGGGUCGCAAAGCAUUCGACAAGCACUUUCAGGAAUGGCGUCAUGCUCAUGGUAUGCGAUGUCUCGGCAUUCCAAAUACCCGACAUUUCCAUGAGAUCACAAGAAUUGAGGAUGCAUUUGCUUUAUUUGAGAAACUCAAGAAGGAAGGAGCAGCAGAAGAAUUCGUCGCUGAUACAAUGGAAGAAUACGAAGAUGAUGAAGGCAAUGUCUUUAACAGGAAAACAUAUGAAGAUUUACGACGACAGGGUAUUAUCUAG